GAUAUCUGUCAGUCAGAGUCAAGAAUUAAGCAAUAUGCAAUUUCACUCACAGAUUGUCUGCCAUUUGCGUUCCCACUGAACCCAGAUCCAACCUCCAUGCCCUCUGAAUCCACACCAAUAUUCCCUCUCACUAUUCCCUCAGUUGCCCGUAACCCAUUUCACCAUGUCACCUCCAGAUGAUCGAAACGAAGAUUCUGAUCCCUUGAAAAGUCCUGCAAGUCCAGCCCCAAGAACUACCGGCCUUGUUUCCUUCGUCCUCGAACCCUUUCAAUGGCUGACAAUGCUAUCUUCUCAGCUGAACCCCACCUUCAUCGCCGGUGUAUUCCUCGUCUACGGUCUGGGUCAGGGCUUUUCCGGAUCUUUCUUCAAGGUGGUCUCCGACUAUUAUUGGAAGGACGUACAGAAGGUCCAGCCCUCCGUAGUUCAGCUUUAUGCCGGUCUCUACUUCAUUCCCUGGGUCAUGAAACCGGUUUGGGGUAUCUUCACCGAUACGUUCCCGGUUCGAGGGUACCGGCGCCGGCCCUACUUCGUGCUUGCCGGAGUUCUCGGCGUCGUCUCGGGAUUGACGAUAGCUGUGCAGGCGAAUUUGCCUGUUGUGGUGGCUUUGCUUUGUUUGAUUGGCGUGUCGGCGUCUAUGGCCAUUGCCGAUGUCACCAUUGACGCCUGUAUUGCGAGGAAUAGCAUCGAGGUUAGGUCACUGGCCCCUGAUUUGCAGAGUCUUUGCGGAUUUUGCUCUUCUACUGGAGCUCUGAUUGGGUUUUCCAGUAGUGGCUUUUUCGUUCAUCAUCUUGGUCCGCAGGGUUCACUGGGUCUGUUGGCAAUGCCACCGGCUUUGCUUGUUGUGCUGGGUUUUGUGAUCUAUGAACAUAAAUUAAGCGGCUCCCAUCAUGGAAAGAAGCAGCAGGUGAUGGAGAACGUUAGUACGACCAUUAGGAGCAUGUGCCAGACAAUAAUGUAUCCUCAAGUGUGGAAACCUUCUCUGUACAUGUUCCUGUCUUUGGCUUUGAGCAUAAGCACUCACGAAGGCCAUUUCUAUUGGUACACAGAUCCAAAAGCUGGCCCUGCAUUCUCUCAGGAGUUCGUUGGCAUGAUCUAUGCCAUUGGUGCAGUAGGUUCGAUAAUAGGUGUUCUGAUCUACCACAAGACUUUGAAAGACUUGCCAUUUAGAACCUUAUUACUCUAUGCACAGCUCCUAUAUGCCAUAUCUGGUAUGCUGGAUCUCUUGUUCGUCCUACGUUGGAAUUUGAACCUGGGAAUCCCUGAUUACUUCUUCGUUGUCAUAGAAGAAACUGCGACUCGAAUCUCAAGCAAAAUCAGAUGGAUGCCCAUGAUUGUAUUGAGCACCCAGUUAUGCCCUUUAGGCAUUGAGGGCACUUUCUUUGCUCUGUUAAUGUGCAUUGAUAGUAUUGGCAUGCUCUUGUCAAGAACUAUAGGAGGUGUGGUUCUUCAUCUCUUCCACGUCACUAGGUCUGACUUCACUAACCUCUGGUUAGCUGUUUUUCUUAGGAAUAUUCUGAGAUUUGCCACUCUUUCUUUGAUCUUCCUUGUCCCUAAGGCUGAUCAUCCUGAGGGCUUGCUUCCUUCUGAGGUUUUGGGAAAGAGAAUGAGCGAGGAUGUUGAAGAGAGCUUGCAACUUGUCCCGACCAGAAUCAAUGAGAAAGCUGUCCUUUAGGCUAUGUUUGGGAUGGUAUUUUGCCAUGCCAAGAGCUGACUUUUUCAAUCCAAAAAAGCUGAUCAAUGUUAAACAUGCGGCAGUUUUACGGCCUAUGUGUAGAAUAAUACGUUAAUAGAGGUCGGUUCUUCCUAAUACGAGUCAAUGAAGCACGACUCUGCUUGUACAGCCUAAUAUAUAUAUUUUUU